AUGUCUAAGCUUGCAAAAGGAAAAUGGCUCAAGCUGGAGCAGACAGGCGAGGGCCCCGGGGCGAGAAGCUCGCACGCCAUCACAGUCGUGGGGCAGAAGGCCUACUCGUUCGGCGGCGAGUUUGUGCCACGUGUCCCUGUCGACAACCAUCUCCACGUGUUUGACCUUGUUGACUGGACAUGGUCCGUGGCCAACGCGCAAGGCCAAAUUCCGCCACCACGUGUUGGCGUCUCUAUGUCCUCCAUUGGCGAGACCAUUUAUGUCUUCGGAGGAAGAGACGAGGCCCACAAGGAGCUGAACGAGUUCUACUCGUUCGACACUCAUACCAACACGUGGGCCCUGCUUCCCUCCGGCCCGGCCCACCGGAGCUACCACUCGAUGGCGGCCGACGAGCGGAGAGUGUACAUUUUUGGCGGUUGUGGCAAUUCAGGAAGAUUGAACGACUUGUGGGCUUUUGAUGUAGUUGACAGGGAAUGGGUCGAGUUUCCACUGCCGGGGGAGAGUGUAAAGCCGAGGGGCGGGCCUGGGCUAGCGUCUGUGCUCGGGAAAAUAUGGGUCUUGUACGGUUUUGCAGGGAUGGAAGUUGAUGACGUGCAUUAUUUCGACCUGAAAGAAGGAAAAUGGGUUCAUGUGGAGACGGAUGGAGAAAAACCGAGCCCGAGAAGCGUGUUCUCGACUCUUGGGAUCGGGAAAUAUAUAUUUGUGUAUGGUGGGGAGAUUGAUCCAAGCGAUUUGGGCCAUAUGGGGGCAGGGAAAUUUGCGGGGGAUGUUUACGCGCUUGACACAGAGACGCUGGUGUGGAAAAAAUGGGACGAUGGGCUGGGCUGUGAGGACCACCCAGGCCCUAGGGGAUGGUGUGCGUUUAGCAGCGGGCAACUUCACGGGCAAGAAGGAAUGUUGGUGUACGGUGGGAAUUCGCCUAGUAAUGAUCGACUCAACGACAUUUUCUUCUUCACCCCUUUCGAGUGA